AUGACCACGCCUCAACAGUCGGUGACAGAUCCACUCUACCCUGGAAUACUGUAUGUACAAGCAAUCCGAACACCACUUGAAUUUUCGUUUCGUUACAUACGCUACGAUCUAAUAGUGGAUGGAGUACCAGUUCAACAAGAAGGACCACCAGAAAUCAUCCUCAGACAAGGAGUGGUUGUCAAGAACCCAGCAUACCGACCACCUGCACCUGCUUGA